AUGAAUCGCAUGCCUCCUCCGGAAGGGCACCAUGUGCACGCGGGUCCACAUUCAGCAUAUGAGCCCUCAUGGCGCUCUUCAUAUCCUCUGCCAUUCGAUAACCACCCCUCCGACUCCCGCCGCUCCUCCGCAAACCCGCAGGCACCCCUACCGCCGCAGCCGCCAGGAUAUCCCAUGAUGCACAACCGAGAGCUGCCACAGUUAAGCUCAGAAGGCCCAUAUGGUCGUCCCAAUGGUCAUGGCCUGCCCCUGCAUGCGCCCGUGCAUUCCCCGCAGGAUCCAAUUCCCCCUCAUCCGAGCUUCCACCAACCAAUGAACGGCGCGCCGCACGAGGGAUCGCCUGAUUAUCGCGCUCGUAUGGGCUACCCACCCCCGGAUCAAAGUAACAGCGCUGAACAUACACCCGUUUCGGGCGCUUUGCCUCCUGCUUCACAAUUCAUAACGCCCGUUGCCCCAAUGGCCAGUGCUACGCCUCCUGCUGGGUACGACCCGGCAUUUUACCAAAACCAGUCGUUUGGAGCACGCCAGCGUAAGGCAAAUAGAGCUACGCAGGCCUGUGAUCAAUGUCGAGCCAGGAAAGCAAAGUGUGAUGAAGGACGACCGAAUUGCAGCCACUGUAAAGAGAACAGCCUUGGUUGUGUCUACAAAGAGGUUCCACCACACAAACAAGAGAAGACUACCCAGCUAGUAUUGGAUCGGCUCUCCCAGAUAGAGAACCGCAUGGAAGAGCGAGAGAACCGGAUGGAGGAGCGAGGCAACCGCAUGGAGGAGCGCCUCGAAGAAAUGCAAAAGCAAAUACAAGAGCAAAUUCUCAACAAGCCGAGUAAACAGUCACCCCCGACUAUCCAAGAACGUCCGGUACUUCCACCACCGCCACCACCAGCAACAGCAACAGCAACGCCAGCACCAGCACCAGCAGCACUGGUACCGCCAGCCAUCAAGCAGGACCCGCCUCUCAAAACAGAAAUACCUCAGACCCAGGCCUCAACUCCAAAUAUUUUGGACCCCGGGAGUCAAGAUAAAUUUGGUCAACCGGUUGGAGCUAUGGACCCGAUGCUCGAAGACCAGAAGGAGGCCGAGGGAGAGCUCUCCAUCCCAGUAGAGCACACCACUGCAGCUCACAAGCUAUUGAUGUGGCCAUCAAUUAAAAGGCUGCUACACCCUGAGAUAUAUGACGAAGAUUACGUGAUGCGAUUAGAAGAAGAGCGUGGUCUUAUCAGCAUAUAUGGACAAGGCGAGAUUUCAUUCACUGCCGAUGACAGCGAAUUACCAAUGGAUAGUGGCUCCAAAAAUGCCCGACCUGAUGGGGACGGUGCAGGACCAGAUGCGGACGUCGACAUCGACGAAUUUGGUCACUUGAAGCUGGAUGCAGUUACUGCUAGGCGCUACUAUGACAGCUACGUUGCGCACAUGUUUAAGCUUCAUCCAUUUCUUAUGGAGGGCGAACUCAAUCUCAAGGUCGAUAGCUUCAUCCGAUGCUAUUGUCCACCCAAUGCGUCACCGAGUUCGGCUUCCAAUCACACACGACUAGCUCGCGAUGGUCCGCCACCAGCUAAACGGAGGCGAUCCAACGACAAUUUAGGCGUGCGUGGCGAGUUUACGGACAAUAUCCCGAACCCGGUGCGGCCACGAGUCGGUAAAAAUAUUGACAAUGCCAUGGUCAUGCUGUGUCUGGCCCUCGGGGCUAUCUGCGAAGCCCAGGCUCCUCUACCUGGGCCCAUAAUGGACAAGAAGAUUGACUACCGCAAAGAGUUUAUUCCUCCUCCACUGCCAGCAUUUGUUCCCCCACCGACUGUAAAUGGAACAUAUGUCACUAAUGGUGUGCUCUCCCCCGCAAACUCGGACUCGGCGCCCAUGCCCGGGGUGUCGCUUUCGCAUUCACUUUAUGGCCUGCCAACGCAGCAUGAUAGCCAAUCUUUUGCGUCUGCUCCUCCAGUGAACAAAAGACUACCAGGCCUGUCAAGGAGAGACGUGACAAACACAAAGGACGCACAAGGGAACACGAAGAACUAUCAGGCUAUUCCUGGUCUGACUCUCUAUGGAUAUGCGACUGCAAUAUUAGGCCACCUGCAAGGUGGCAACGAGCUAGAACAUGUCCAGUCCGGGUUGCUUGCUGGUCUUUAUGCUGGUCAGCUGGCUCAUCCUUUCCAGAGUCACAGUUGGAUUUCUCAGGCCUCAAGGGCUUGCCAGGUGCUUGUGAGAACCAAGCGAUAUGAGCGACUCGAAGAAGGGCCUUUGCAGGACUUGUACAACUUUGCAUACUGGACUUGUCUACAAUUGGAGAGUGAUCUUCUCGCAGAGCUAGACAUUCCAGCAAGUGGGAUCUCGCGUUCCGAGGGUCGGAUGGCUAUUCCGAAAGGAAAAUGGACACUCGUUUUGCCAAACGAUCUCAACGCACCCCAAACGAUGAUGAUGCUGUUUUAUUCUGCCCAAAUUCACCUGCGAAAAGUUUUGAAUCGAGUCCAUACAGAUUUAUACAAGGUUGAAAAGCAAGGCCAGACGCGAUGGUCAUCCACUGUUCAAGAAGCUCUGAGCCUGAACCUCGACCUCUGGCGUAAAAGCCUACCGCAAAGCAUGCAGUGGGAGGAAAACGACCCGCCAGCAAAUGAAAUCAACGCCGCCCGCAUGCGUGCCAAAUACUACGGUGCUCGGUAUAUUAUUCACCGACCUCUUCUCUACCACGCACUGCACUAUGGUCACACAGGUGCCCGCGUCGGUCCAGUCGGCCAGUCCUUAGUGGACUCGCCUACCUCGCAACAAUUGUCCCCCUCAAUGCUACACAGCGCUGCUCGAGCUCCAGCCAUGGCACGCAUGUCUAGCGACAUGGGCUCUAUGCCGGCCGCAGUCUCCACUGACUGGCAGCCCCCUAAAGUCCGUUUACAUGAGCUUCCGAAGAAGCUGAAAGCUGCCUGCGACAUCUGUAUUAAAUCCGCCAUCAAGAGCACAGAGGCUUUUGACGGUGUAGGUGGACAUCGGUUGGUCGUGACCAACAUCUUUGGCACUGCCCAUGCACAAUUCGGCAAUAUGCUCGUCCUAUCUGCAACUUAUAUGUCAAGUCUAAAGGAGCUUGUCGAGAAAGACCAGCUUGAGCGCCUUCUCACGCGCACAAUAGGCUUCCUCGUCCAGAGCGCAAACAUAUCCCCCACACUCCGCGCCGAUGCUCGCAUUCUCACUGAGAUCCACAAUAAGAUCUUCAAUCCUGAUCGUAAUAAGAUGCAAACCGCCGGCAUGAGCAGCCACACUCCAAGCAUGAGCUUCCCUUAA